AUGAAUGUGGAGGAAGUAGUCACGGCUCGACAGCACACGCCGCCCGGCUUGAGGAUGUGGAAGGUGCUGCUUCUCUUUGUCUGUGUGGCUGGUUCCGUUAUCGUCCUUUGCGAUGGGCUAAAUACCUGCAAAUGCGGCCCCAACCAGGUGUUCUCAAACUGCACAAACGGCGGCUGCGAGGCCCGCAACUGCAGUCAGGCCGGUAAACCCGUGCCUUGCGUGAAACUGGACCCCAAGAGCUGCAAGAAGGGAUGUGUCUGUGCAUCCGGGUACUUACGGGCUGCUAACGGGACUUGUGUGUUAAGGAACCAGUGCAACGAAGGUUGCGGAAAUGAUCCAAACUCGCACCCCGGCUGCGGCGUUAACUGCGGCAGGACUUGCUCCACCUAUAAGAAGAAAGGUGUAGCCUGCAUUCUCAUUUGCUACGACAACGGAUGCGACUGCAACGUUGGCUACGUUUACGACCCUAACGUCAAGAAAUGCGUUUUACCGAAAUAUUGCACGCCAACAUGUGGACUUAACGAAGUGUAUUCGACAUGCACCAACGGCGGCUGCUCUCGUAGGAACUGCAGCCAACUGGGCAAGCCUCAAAUUUGCAUCGAUAGAACUCCCGAAUCCUGCACCAAAGGAUGCGUUUGCGCCGAAGGCUACCUGCGGAAUGCCAAUGGAACUUGCGUUCUUGAAAACCAGUGUCCUCAACCCGGAUGCGGCGGUGAUCCAAACGCAAAGCCCGGCUGUGGUAUAAACUGCGGACGAAGGUGCUCUGACUACAAGGUCAAGAAUAAACAACUUAUCUGCCCGCGCUACGUAUGCAAACCUGACAAAUGCGACUGCAAGGACGGUUUUGUAUUUGACGACAAUCUUAAGAAAUGCGUCGUGCCAGAGCAAUGCACACCGGUUUGCGGCCUUAACGAAAAAUUCGACUCUUGCAUCAACGGAGGAUGUGGUCACAGAAACUGCAGUCAAGUUGGAACUCCAGAAAUAUGCAUUCGUAGAACCCCUGAGUCUUGCAUCAAGGGCUGUGUCUGCUCCGACGGUUUCCUGAGAGCAGACAACGGAACUUGCAUUCUGCAAGACCAAUGUCCAGCUUCUUCUGGAUGUGGCGGUGACAUAAACGCCCAUUCGGGUUGCGGCGUGAAUUGCGGCAAAACUUGUAGACCUAACCAGCCC